CUUGCAAUAUCAGUGGCUGUUUGUGUAGUCGAUCCAAAAGUAUUAAAGCUUGGAUUCGGACAAGACAUCAAGGAUCUUUUUUAUCUGGCCGCUUACGGUAACCCUAGGCCUCGAAAGGGAAUAACGCGUCAAUCGUCUGUUUUCAUGAAAAUGGAAAAGCGCGGCAACUUGGACGUUUUCGAUGUGCCUGCGCGCGAUCCGGCGCUCGGGGUAAGACUGCAAGCCUAUCAGAAUAUCCGAAGUGCCUCCUUCAUGGGCUUCGGGUCGGACAAGGAUGCUACAAAUGGGACGAGUUCUGAUGCUGGUAUCUACAUCCUGACACGCUUUGCGAACAGUCAACAAGUUCAUUUUGUGUCGCAGCCGAUGGGCAUGCGAGAGCAGCUCACCUUUCUUGACGAGCCUGUGAAACUGUGUGUUGCCGUGCCAUCUAGUACUGCAGAAGGUGGCUCUGGAGAUGGCAACGGAAGCGAUGAUACUCCUCAAUCAGGAGGUGCUUUUUUGUACGGGAAGGAUGCAGGUGGUGACGAGCAGAUUCAAUUCUAUUACUUUGAUCGAGCAACGGGAGAUAGCACUAUGUUGACGGAUGGGAAAAGUAUGCACAGGACCCCAAAAUUUUCAGUCUCCAAAUCGUCUUCAAGUGGCGCUUUGAAGAUGGCUUAUUCAAGCAACGCACGAGACGGGACCCAUUUCGACGUGUUUUUGAUGGAUGACCUGAAGAAAAGCGUGACCACGCAAGAAACUACCGCUUCCGCCACAGCUGCACAAUUGAUCUACAGUAGCGGGCAAGAGCCAGGCUAUCUCCUGUUGUCAGAUUUCUACGACGGAGGAUAUAUCUUGGUGAAACACUAUGUGUCCGCAUCGGACGCAAAAAUCUUCGUCUUAGAAGCUUCCCCUUCAUCUUCCUCGUCAAGUAAUGGACAAACCGCUGCUGGCGAGUCCUGGAGACGCCGGGACAUCGCGCCUCGCUCUCUCCCAGGUGGAGCGCCAGUCUCUGCUUCUGUGGAUUGCGCACAAUUCAUCGUUGACAAAAGCGGUGAAGCAGACCAACAGCAGUUGCUUGGUGUCCUUUUCGCGUCUGGCGAAGGUAGCAAUUUCAAGACUCUGCGUUUCUUUGACUAUAAAACCGAAGACGUAACUGAAAUAAUCUCCGAGGAUUCUAUUCCAUGGGAUGUCGAGGAUGUGUACGUCGGCGCGAACGGUGAUAUAAUUGUCGGCUACAACGAAGAGGGUCAAUCGACCUUUUACUACAUGCGACAGAUAAAUUCGAGCACACUCGGAGCUAGUACUACUACAACUUCUACUAGUUGUACAGAUCAUGGCAAAGCUCAUGGAAGUUCGAUGAAGAACUCUGCGACAUCGAAAAUGAUUCAGCUGGAUAAGGACCAUCGUCAUGUGACCGCCUCAUCUCUGUUUUCGGAUCUGACGCGGUUUCAGCUGCCCUUUUGCGGUGUUGCCGGAAAAUGUGGCUUUUCCCCGUGCGGAAAACGAUUCGGCAUCUCCAUCCUGCAGGCGACAGGCCCCACAGAUGUGUUUAUGCUCGAUUUUCCAAGCCUGAAGUUGACGCGCUGGACGCGGUCCGAAGUUGGUGGUCUCGACACGUCCAAAUUUGUGCAGCCUAAACUGAUUCGCUACCGCAGUUUCGAUGGACUUGAGAUUCCAGCUUUUGUUUAUUCUCCAGCAAAUAGAACUGAACAAGACCUCCACAACAAUCACAACAAGACUCCACAUGACAAAAAGACUCCAGUUAUUGUGCAUCCACACGGCGGGCCUGAGGGACAGCAUCGGCCAAGAUUUUCGCCAUUAUAUCAAUAUCUGGUGAACGAGCUUGGCGUCGCGGUCAUCGAUCCGAAUGUGCGGGGUUCGGAUGGGUAUGGCAAAGUCUUCGUCACUCUGGACGACUGCGAGAAGCGAGAGGACUCGGUGCGCGACAUCUGCGCUCUCCUCGAUUGGAUGAAGCAGGAUUCGGAGAAUGACAAUUUGUUUGGAUUUGACCUUUCGCGCAUUGCUGUGUGGGGCGGCAGCUACGGAGGCUAUAUGACGCUAGCUAGUCUGAUCCAUUAUCCGACGCAGUUCAAAUGCGGCGUAGAUAUGGUCGGGAUCAGUAACUUCGUCACCUUCCUGGAGAACACCGCUUCGUAUCGGAGAGUACUGCGGCGCAAGAAGUACGGCGACGAAAGCGACCCAAAGAUGCGUGCGCUCUUGCUGAAGAUGUCACCGUUGACGCGUUGUAACGAGAUCAGGUCUCCGUUGUUUAUCGUGCAAGGGAAGAACGAUCCGCGGGUGCCUGUUACGGAAGCGGAACAAAUAUUUGCGGAAAUGCGCAAAAAUGAAGUCCCCGUGUGGUAUAUGUGCGCAGAUAACGAGGGCCAUGGAUUUGCAAAGAAGGACAACGUUGACGCAUAUCAAGAAGCAAUGGUUCAGUUCUGGCGACGAUUUCUUCUCCACGAUCAAGAGCUCUAUGCAAAUGCCGCAACGAGCCCAGCAGGGAAUGGACGUGCGCCUAAAAUUGCGCGGAUGUCGUGAAUCGAGAUCGACGACAGUUCAAAAUGAAAUAUGUGAGCAAACGAGUAAACAGAGAGCUACAAGGAGGACUAGGCGUCUCAAUAUACUGACUUUUGUUGUAGAAAUUUCUUGUCCUCGUUGCGCUUUCCCGACAUCCAAGAAUAGUUCCUACUCCAUUACCGCGUUACUCUGUGUAACAAUUUCUUUUUCUACGAUGUUUUUAUAAAACCAGAAGCAGGAGGAGGAGAUGAAGAAAUAGACAUUGUUGUGUUCCGACAAGAUGAUGUGUCAAGACCGUUCUAUAAAUAAGAAUAUCACAACGAC